AUGUUGAAACUUCAGAUGAUUAUCGUAUUGGUUUGCUUUUCAUCAGUUUUCACGAAAGAAAACGAUGUUCCAAAAGUGGAAAAAUGCUUGUCGCCUGCUGUAUGUGUGGGCAGCAAUGGCAACGCUAAACCGUCUUGGCAGCAAAGUUAUAUUCCUGACAGUGAUGACAAGGACGAAUGCUGUCACAACAUUUUACUCUACUACGACGAUGGAGGGCAAUGGGCUUCUGUUUAUAAGAAUGAUUCUAAGAAUUGCUUUGAAAAAGAAGCGGUGAUUCACCCGGAAGAUCAUCAGAUAAUAAACUUAACAACACGAUCUGCUUGGAGUGGAUGCAAGACAAAUAAUAAAACCGGGAAGAAGAUGCUUCAAUGUACCGGAGGAAGAAGUUUUAGAACUUUACAUGAACGAUGGUGGUAUAUUGCCAUCAGUAAUUGCGAAGCUGGUGCAAAAGGAAAUGCCAUUGACAUUGAAUAUGAAAUGAAGCUGACGAACGGAUUCUCCUUCUGGACUGAACAUUUUUCCGCAGAUGAAUUUGGCAUUCUGGAAACCAACAUCGUAUUCUUGAUUAUAUAUUCUCUGACAUUUACUUACGCUGCCAGAGUUGCAGUUGAGCUGGCAAAUCGUCAAAUGCUUCAUACAACGUACAAGAUGUUCACAUCAUGUUUGGGAAUCGAGUUGUUCGGGCUACUAUUAUUAUGCAUUGCGAUGGGAACGUUUGCUACGGACGGUGUCGGGAACGAAGGUUUGACAAUAGCAGGUGAAAUUCUUGGAGCAAUUGCAGAACUUGGAUUUUUGUUGAUGUUACUUCUUCUUGGGAAAGGAUUUACUAUCACAAGAGGACAACUCUCACAUUCCGGAAGCAUCAAACUAGCUGUGUUUAUAACUGUAUACGCUGUGAUAAGCGUUGUGUUGUUUCUAUAUGAAUACGUGUUUUCCGAUCCUGGUCUAGUCCUUUACGUCUACGAAUCAGCAGCAGGCUAUGGGCUGAUAGGCUUGAGGCUUACUGCCUGGUUUUGGUUUACGUAUGGAAUUUUAUUCACGGUCAAGCAUUAUCCUGAAAAGAGUGGCUUUUACUAUUCAUUGUAUAUUUUCUACAGCAUAUGGUUCUUUGCAGUUCCAAUCAUGGUUCUUGUUUCCACAUUUGCAAUUCCAAAAUACAUGAGGUCGAAGGUCGUCUCAAUUCUCGAACUUUGCAUCGAUUUUCUUGCUUACUUUAUAUUUCUGGUUCUUACCAGGCCAAGUGCUGCAAAUCGCAACUUUCCAUAUCACGUUAGAACCUCACAAAUAGGAAUUGUCAAACCAGACGGUAAAAUUGAAUCAAUAGUGAACUUUCCUCAUUCUGUUUACGGAGAUCCGACAGAUUUGAACGGAAAUGGUAACGGUCACAGAGCUCCAAACUUUGCAGAGUUGUUUGUUGUUCAGCCUUCAGGUUCGUUACAGAAUGGAUCCCGAUCUCUCGACCCUGAAGUAAGACUGAGCGAACGACGCACAACUUCUACUCAUCAUGGACGUUAGGGCGAGAAUAUCGAUAAAUCUGGCGGAGGUACAUCAUUACAAACUCAUCAGGGAACAAGCCUGACUCAAGCACCCCCAUCUUACACCCAAGUUACCUCACAACAAUUCAAUCUGACCUUGCCUUCAACAACGAGGAUUGGAACAAACAUGGCGUCAGUAAGGCAAGAAGGACAAAAAAUGGCGUCGGAGAGUAAUUGUGAACAAAAAAUGGUGGAACAAUCGGGACUUGAUGCAGCAUCGCCUUCUACCUCCGGACUAUUUUCUAUUGCCAAGAAUGUUAACACUUGAUGGAUAGCACCUACGUUGACGAAGCAAUGAUUACUUUGUUAUUUGAA